UUUCUAGAGAACCAGAGUCAGAAAGAGAAACCUAAAAGUGGGGAAACAGCUGGCCCAUAAAAUGAAUCCAGAUUGCUGGAGGUCUGGUUGAAGCAUUUUAAAGACUACAGGGGACAUAAUUGAAGCAGACUUGGACAGGGCAGCAGCAGUCAGCAGGAGAUUUUAAGAUUUGGAUCAACUUGGUAGAGAAACGAGAGGAAACCCCAAAUCUUUUCCUAAAUGGUGGAGGACUGAUCGGAACCUCAUUCGUCCAACUCUCCUGCCAGUUGGGAGCCUUGUUGGCAUCUUGUCUAACAAGAAAAACUGUGGGAAAGUGGCCACUCUUGGAGCCCUUAUUUGACCACCAUCUUAAACACAUUUGAAGCGUUAAUACUGUCUUGAGGAAGUACGCAACCAAACAUUUCCUGGAUACUUCUGUGUGACAACAUGGCAAAGAAAAACAGCCCAAAGGAUACGUCAGGGGUGGUGUUUGACACUCGUUCAAAAAUGGCCAUGUCCCAGGGAGGAACAGCUGAGAGGAUGAAAGAGAAGAUCAGUGCCGUCAGGGCAGUUGUGCCCAACAAAAGUAACAAUGAGAUAGUGCUGGUGUUGCAGCAUUUCGAAAACUGUGUUGACAAGGCCGUUCAAGCUUUCUUAGAAGGCAGUGCUGUUGAGAUCCUGAAGGAGUGGAAUGUCACCGGCAAAAAGAAGCCCAAGAAGAAAAAGAAGCCCAAGCCUCAGCCAGAGGCUUCAGCCGAGCCUGCUCCACCUGAGUCCACAUCGCCUGAGGAGGGCAAGGAUGAGGUCAACGGCUUUCAUGCCAACGGAUCAGUAAUGGACGUAGAGUCACUUGAUUCUCUGAGUGAACAGCUGGACUCUGCCUCCCUGGAUGCAGCCGAGCUGGACUCUGAACCUGCUACAUCCGAAACCACCGGUGCAGAAGCAGAAAGUCAAGGUAGCGUUCCAAGUCCCCCCUUACAGCAAGGAGGGAGGAAUCACCAGGGUCCCAGAGGCAACAAGAACCGACACAGGCCAGGCUCCAAUUCACAUCCACUCCCUUCCUCAUUUCCACCCAACACUGAUGAGCACGGAUCGUCAGGAGUCAAGAAGAUGGCUCCCAACAUUGACCGCUCUGUGAAGGACCUGCAGAGAUGCACCGCCUCACUGACUCGCUACAGGAUAGUGGUCAAGGAGGAGAUGGACUCCUCAAUCAAGAGGAUGAAGCAGACGUUCGCUGAGCUCCAGAGCUCUUUAAUGGACCGAGAAGUGACUCUACUGGGAGAGAUGGACAAAGUGAAAGCAGAGGCCAUGGGGAUUUUGGACUCCCGGCAGAAGAGAGCGGAGGAGCUCCGACGGCUGACCGACCAGUCAGCAUCCAUGUCUGAGGAGCAGCUGACUGAACUGCGUGCAGACAUCAAGCACUUUGUGAGUGAGCGUAAAUAUGACGAGGACCUUGGGAAAGCUGUAAGAUUUACAUUUGAUCUUGAACCGCUGAAGGCGAGCAUCUUAGGGUUUGGAUCAGUUUACCAUCCGCAUACAGGCUACUCCCACCGGUCCCGCUGUAGCUCCACGUCCUCUUCUGUCGCCAGCCCGAGCCAGCUGGAAACGCCCCCUCCCACCCAGACCCAAAGCACCCCCAGUGAACACCGCCCUCCACCAAACAAACAGAUUUUCCAAGGCAACAGGCGUACUUUCCAGGGACAAGGGUAUCAUUCGGGUGCUCAGAGGUAUAACGGCGCUUCCUACCAUGACCGGAACGCCGCUCGUGCUAACCACCGCUACCAGAGUGACAGUGGCUCUUCUGGUCCUUCGCAGCACUCCCACAGCUCCAGAGGUCCCCAGCAUUUCUCCACGUCCUCCUACAACCCAGACCGACCCUCUCAUAACGGGCUGCCCCAAAGGCCUCCGCGGACGCAAUGCCCCUGACAUUGGAAACCCCGUGCUUAAUCAAACCCAUCUACUAACCCUUGCACUCGUUUCCCUAUAGCCUCCCCAUGCCUUCUACACUCUUCCCCUCUACUUAACUCCUUUCAAUGAAGAAUAGAAUACAAGUUUACAUAUUUCUGUGAGUCGAGCUGUAGUGCCACCUCUCUACAUCAAACUUGAAACGCUUUCACUGUCCUGUAAUCGCUCGUCCUUUUUGCAUUUCUUCCAUCCUGGUUAAGGUAACCGCUUCUAUCUUUAGGCUCCCUUUGAGAGAUCUCAUUGCUAUGCUAUUGCCAGUCUCUGUUAUUAUUUUCUACAUUUAAGCUGUCUGCCAGAGACCACCAUGAUUACCUGAAACAAUUUGUGCACUAUUGAAGUUGAGCUCUUAGUUCUAUUUCUAUUUUUGCGGUGGCUUAUUUCAGCUCUCUGAUUUGCACGUCAGAUCUUUUUUUUUUUUUUUUUCCUUCUCGUCUCCCAGAACCAUUUCAAUGCCUUCGCCGUGGAAAGCGUAGUGUAAGUGCAAAAGCAGCUCUAGCAUUUACAGAGAUUUUUGUCAUCAUGAGAGUAGACCUGCAAUCAACACUACAGACUAUCAUUAAUCUUUACAAUGUAAAAAAAAAAAAAAAAAGAAAUGAAGCAUAUCAAAACUGUAAUCCACAGCUUUUCGUAUGGCUGCUACAAACCAUAGGGGACUUGUUAACACUAGGACUUAGAUGUGUUUGAGAGUAACUCUGUGAACAGAGAGGUUGCCGCCUUAAAGGAAUAGUUUGACAUUUGAGAAAUGGCUCGUUCCCUAACUUUCCAAGAGUUUGGAUACGAAGAUGGAUACCGCCCUCGUGUCUGUACGAUAAAUAUUUCAACAGCAGCCAGUUAGCUUAGCACAAAGACUGGAAGCGGGUGCAAACCGCUUUUGUUACCUGACUUAAUGUCACAAAAUCGGCCUACCAGCACCUAAAGUUCAAUAAUUAACACUUUCUAUUCUAUGUUUGUUUAUUUUUUUUUUUUUUUUUUUACAAAAACUGAAGUGUAAAAACUACAAGUUGUGGUUUUUACGGGGGGGGGCUGGGGCUAUGUGCCAGGCAGGCAGAGCAAAGCCAGCUGUUUCCCUUGUUUCCAGUCUUUAUGCUAAGCUAUGCUAUGCUAAGCGGCUGCUGGCUAUAGCUUCAUAUUUUACCGUGCAGACGUGACAGUGGUAUCAAUCUUCUCAUCUAACUCUCUGCAAGAAAACAAAGAUGCACAUUUCUCAAAAUGUGGAGCUUUUCCUUUAAAUAUUGCCUAGGACAGUGAUGCGUCGCCCUCCCACUGGCCAACGGUUAUCGUGUGUGCUGUCGUUGGCUUGCUGUCCGUUAUUUUGUAACAAAGAGAGGGCUCAUUACCUUUUUUUUUGGUAGAAUACUGUUCAAUGAUAUGUCAAAACUCACAACAAAGGAAACUGUCUACAUGCUCUUCUAUAUUUAGUCCUUGACAAUUAUUCAAAUGGAUUUUCUUCCACACACAGUUUCUCCUUUUGUGUUGUUGCAUUGUUAUAUGCACAUGGACGGCAUAUUAAUGACAUGCUUGCCUUUAGUCACAGAGAGACUUCACAUUUGCCUUCCUAGAGACAUAGAUGUCUGCAUCAUGACGGCUUUCUAAACCGAUGGUACUCGUAGAGCAGAUGAUUUAUAAUUAUAUGUGUGAGAAUAAGAUCUUUUCUUCCCCUUUUUUUAUAUUCUCAAUGUAUCCCAUCCAUGAGCGUAAAACUGAUCAAACCGAUGAAUGAAUUAGAAGGUUGUAUUGAACUCCAAAAAAACUUUCUACGGCUGCCAAGUAGAUGCUUUAAGGCUGCUUGUCGUUAGGGUUAUGUCUCAUCGUAGUGUCCAUGGCUUCUAACAGAAAGCUGGUGCGUACCUCAGUGCUGAUGAUAUGACAUGGCCUGUCUUCUGGCAGUGGGCUCUUAUUUAAGGGACAGGGACCCCUGGUGAUGCCUCUUCUUGUAGUUAUGUACAUACAGCAUGUGAAGCUGCAAGGCUGUAAUGUAAGACUGGUUGUUACAUAAUUGCUGCAUUUUUUUCUCCAUAAUGUGGUCUUCCUUUGAGCAGACUUGAAAAACAUGAAUUUAUAAUAUGUUCCCCCCCCCCCCCCCCACACACACAUUUUUUGUUUCCUUGUGGGUUUUCAUAUGAUGGGGAGAUUUUUCUUCUUAUUUGAGAGAUUCAAAAAAACCCCAGUAAUUAUUAGUUAAUACUGUGGAGAGAAGAGCGUUAACUUGUUUGCAGUCUUGGGUGAAUAUGUGCUAUAAUGACACGUUUGGACUUGGGUGAAUAUGUGCUAUAAUGACACGUUUGGACUAAGGGGAAUAGUUUGACAUUUUGGGAAAUAACGCGUAUUCUCUUACAGUUUGAAAACGCUUCCGACAAAGCAUAAAUCUCAUUUUUUGUGUCGCUUGUAGAAGUUUGUUUUCGAGCAUUGUUCUUUGGGCUCGCCCACUACACCUGCGGUUCUCUUCGUCAGUAGUUGCAGAUGGGUUUUUUGUUUUGUUUUCAUUUACUCCAGUAUAUCUCUGGGCUGGAUUUGUUCAAUCAUGACUCAAAGAGAGUAGAUUGUGUCUGCCUCACUUUAACCACUUUUUUUGUUUUUACAUUCCAAACUGUAGGAAUAUUAGGUUAUCGCCAAAGAAAUAAUUUCGUCCUGUUUUUUUGUUUUUGUUUUUUUGCUCGGCCUGUAAAGAAUUCCAAAGGGGAUAUAUCCAACACUUCACCUUUUCUUCCUAUACUACUUUAUUUUCUGAUUCCUUACUGUAUAUACAUAUAUGUAGCUAUAUAAUUUUGUGCUCACAUGGGGCAUUUUGUAUGUGAUAUUCAUAUUAGGCAUAAUGGAGGUUAGACAUUUAGUUAAUUCAUUCUUCCAGUAGACCUUGUGUCCUCCUUCUCAAGACAACCUUUCUGAGACAACUGUUUACUCAAGUGCCUUUUCUUGUCUCCCACUGAUUCAUUGACGUCCCCUCCACCAGAGUAUGGACCAAAGACAUCGACCGUCCCCAACACCCCCUCCUCUCUUUCUCCCCACUCACUGAAUUGCACACUUUUUAUUUACUACGAAUAAACAGUUUGCAAUACUGA